GUCAAAUAGGAAUUGCGAAAGCAAAUCUUAGCAGUCCUUGCUUAGACACGUUAAAUGUUUAUUAAUAUUUAACUGAAUCCAAAAUAUGGGAGCAGAGCAAUCAGCCUUGCUGGUCUGCACACAAACUGGGAAACCGGAAAGGCCUCUGAGGCUGCAAAAUGCCGAACAAUUUUUUCAACUGUAUUUCGAUAAAAUGCCAGAACCCAAAACAGGACCAGUAACAGAAGCGCUGCUCCAUUUGAUAAUGCAUGCGCCACAGCAGAGCUUGGAAUCCAGAGAGCAGCAGGCCAGCUGGGCCAGUCAACAAGAGCCAGAUUCGGGUUAUGAAAACGACGAGCUAGAAACGGAAGAAACGAGUGAGGAGGAACAGGAUAUUGAUAUGGUAUCGGAGGAAGAAAUUAUCGACCAAUUAUCCGAUAGUGAUAUGAGCAUAGAAUCCAGUUCAACUAUAUAUAAUAUGCGAAAUAACGAUGACAGCGAUUUUGAGCUGAUCCCACUGGAAUUUGUUGAUCUACAGCCCAUAGAUCUGCUCAAUAUUGAUGAUCCUCAGCUGGAAUUUGAGCAGGAGUUUAUAAUACGUGUUGCCGAUUUGAAUGAAGAAUGAACAAAUC